AUGGCGGGGGCAGACUGGCUAAAGGGUUUUUUAAAAAGGCAUCCGGAUAUAACCUAUAGAAAGCCGGAAGCAACGUCUGCGACUAGGGCCAUGGGGUUUAACAGAGUUGCAGUUGGUAAUUUUUUUAAUCUACUAGAAGCAGCUAUUGAUGAGUAUAAAAUUACGCCACAGUGCACUUACAACGUUGACGAAACCGGCGUAUCGACAGUUUCCAAAAGUCAUUCAAAAAUUUUAGCCCUAACUGGUAAACGGCAGGUCGGAACUCUAACAUCUGCGAAAAGAGGCAAAUUAAUGACGACGAUUGUCUUCUUCAGUGCUGCCGGAAAUUAUAUGCCGUCUAUGUUUAUAUUUCUCCGGAAGCAGAUGAAACCCGAAUUAAUGGAUGGAGCACCGGUGGGUUCUUGGGGGAAUGUCAUGAAUCUGGAUGGAUACAAGGUCAUUUGUUCGUAUUGUGGUUAA